GGUCAACAGCUCGUUGUCGAAGCAGCCUUCACGGGCAACCCCAUCCCCAGCGCCGAAUGGACGAAGGACGGCGCUCCUCUACUACCCUCCGACAGGGUGCUGAUGACGUGCGACGGCCGGCGCGUCGGCGUCCGUAUCGACAAAGCGACGACCGCCGACGCCGGCGUUUAUGGGGUGCGGAUCGUUAGCCCCAUGGGGGAGGACAAGACGGAGGGGAAGGCCAAGGUCAGGAAGGUGUUCAUGGCGCCGACGUUCACGCAGCGGUUCGGCGAUUUGCAGCAGCUACCAGAAAGAGAUGCCAAAUUCCCAUGCAGAGUCACCGGAGUACCCCAACCGGAAGUCGUAUGGACCAAAGAUGGCGAACCGCUGAGAGAAACCGAUAAAUAUCAUAUCAAGAGAGACGGAGAUUUGUGCUGCCUCUACGUCUUGAACUGCACAGAAGGGGACGCUGGGGUUUACAGGGCCACCGCCAUCAAUCAAGAGGGACAAGAUAACUGUACAGCCACUCUGGAAAUUGUCAGAGAAAUCAAAGCACAAAAGAAGAUAGAACCCCCGGUCUUCCUCAAACGCAUCGGCGAUACGGAGCUCUUCAAGGCCAUGACGGCCAAGUUCACAGCCUGCGCCUCAGGAAUUCCAGAACCCACCGUCGAGUGGUUCCACAACGACAAGAAGCUAUUCCCGUCCACCAGGAUCCGGAUGGACAAGGAUACGGCGGGGCUGUUGAGAUUAGCAAUUAGUGGGGUGGAUGUGGAUGAUUUGGGAAGGUAUUCCUGCAAGAUCAGUAACGAGCACGGCAGCGAUAUUUGCCAUGGUACUUUGAAGUUCGACGAAGGCCUCGAACCGAAACCAAAACGCCCCAUCACCGACCAGUACGCCGACUUCGACAAGUACAAGCGCACAGGUGCGCCCAUGCCACUCUCCGACCCGCCCAUCAUUUCGCGCAUGACCGACCGGCACUGCACGCUGUCAUGGCGGCCGUCUAUGCCCGGUGGGCCUAGGCCGCCUGUUACCUACCAGCUGGAGAUGUGCGAAAUGCCGCAUGGCGAUUGGUUCACGGUACGGUCGGGCAUAAGGAGUUGCGCGUGCGGGGUGAGGAACUUGGAGCCGUUCAGGGACUACAAGUUCCGUGUUCGAGUGGAGAACAAGUACGGGAUCAGCGAUCCAUCACCGUUCGCUUUAACUCACAGGCAAAAACUGGAGCUGGAACUGCCCAAAUUCCGGCCGUACCUGCCGCCCGAGAUCGACUUCCGCCCCGAGACCUCCCCCUACUUCCCCAAGGACUUCGACAUCGAACGCCCGCCCCACGACGGUAUGGCGCAGGCGCCGCGAUUCCUGCGCCAGGAACACGACACCCAAUACGGCGUCAAGGACCAGGGCGCAAACCUGUUCUGGUUCGUGUACGGGUACCCGAAGCCGAAGAUGAGCUACUACUUCAACGACGAGCUGAUCGAAACAGGCGGGAGGUUUGAUUCAAGCUACACCAGGAACGGACAGGCUACAUUGUUCAUCAACAAAAUGCUCGAAAGAGACGUCGGCUGGUACGAAGCUGUUGCCAGAAAUGAACAUGGAGAGGCCAGGCAAAGAGUGCGUUUGGAAAUUGCCGAAUUACCCUACUUCCUCAGGAGACCAGAAAUCGAUUACGUCAUGUUAAGAGGAAAAGCCAAGUUCGAAGCUCGAAUAAUCGGGGUGCCAUACCCAGAAAUCAAGUGGUACAAGGACUGGAAACCUUUGGCCGCUUCAACCAGAAUCAAGAUCGCUUUCAUCGAACCCGACCUCCACAUCCUCACCAUCAAUGACGUCAUCCUGAAGGACGAAGGCCUGUACUCGGUGAGCGCGCGCAACGUUGCCGGCUGCGCGUCCAGCAGCGCCAUGUUGCACGUCGAGGAGAACGAGCACGAGUACAAGAUGAGGAACUACACGAACUUGUCCCCGUUGAAGUCGAAGAGGAAGGCGUACACAGACUUCUACGAUAUCGGUGAUGAGUUGGGACGCGGGACGCAGGGCAUAACCUAUCAUGCAGUGGAAAGGUUGAAUGGUCGCAACUAUGCCGCCAAGGUGAUGCACGGCAAGGGUGAGUUGCGCCCGUUCAUGUACAACGAGCUAGACAUGCUGAACGAGCUCAGGCACAGAAAGCUCAUCUCCCUCCACGACUCCUACGAUACCGACGACUCUCUGACGCUGAUUCUCGAGCUGGCAGGUGGCGGCAGUCUCGUGCAGGACCACCUGCUAAGGCAGGAGUGGUACACGGAGAGCGACAUAGCAGGAUUCGUGAGGCAGAUGCUGCAGGGGCUAGACUACAUGCACGACCGAGGAUACGGCCACAUGGGUCUCAAUCUGGGCGAUCUCCUGCUGUCCCACCCAGGCGGCGACGACCUCAAACUAACGGACUUCAGCCUGUCCCGCCGCAUCCAAGCGGGCUCUCACUACCCGCUCAAGUACGGUGUGCCGGAGUACGCCAGUCCCGAAGCGGUCAACGGAGACGGCGUCGGGUUCGGUCACGAUAUGUGGAGCAUCGGCAUCAUCACGUAUAUUUUGUUGUCUGGUCGGUCUCCGUUCAGAGGAGAAAAUGACAGAGAGACUCUCAACAACAUCAAGUCGGGCAAGUGGAUGUUCGAGGACAGUUGGUGGUCGAACAUCAGCGUCGAAGCCAGAGACUUCAUCAGCAGGCUACUGGUGUACGAUAGCGAGACGAGAAUGGACGUCAGAACGGCCCUGAGACACUCCUGGCUGGAAAGAGCAGAUAAAAGUUAUUCGGACGAGUGGCGGAUCAGCAGCUCGUACCUCAGCGAUUACUGGAGGUUGUACAGGUGA